AUGUUCAGUCCUACCUUCUUUCUGUGGGAUGUUGGAUAUCCCUUAUACACCUAUGGCUCCAUCUGCAUUAUUGCGUUAAUUAUUUGGCAAGUGAGAAAGAGCCAUGAAAAAUUAAGGUUGGGACCAAACAGGAGCCAUUGCCAGAAUCACCGAAGACUCAAACAAAGGUCUAGAGACAGAACUUCAAAAGCUAAGAGAACUUCCCAGGAAGAAGCUAAGAAGCUGCAGAAGCUGCUCUCUGCCAUGAAAAGCCAGGGCUGGCUUCCUCAGGAGGGAAGUGUGCGGUGGCUCCUGUGUGCAGAUCCCUGCUGCCAAACCUGCAAUGCUGUGGCUCUGGAGAUUCAGCAAUUGCUGGUGGGUGAGAACAAUGAAAUCUCCCCCACUUUACUGGGGCCAUUGCAGGGCUCCUUUUGCAUAGAGAUUUCAUCCAUGUCUAGUGUGUCUUUUGAGGAGAGUCUGGAGCUUCAUUCCCAGGACCCCAGAGAGCUUUCACUGGCAUCUGUAACCCCAACACUAACACAAUUAAUGGAUCAGAAAUCCUUAACCCAGCCAGCUGCCCAGUCAACCAGUACAGUAAAUGUCCAAGAUUGCUGGGCUAAUUACCUCCAGUUAGGGCAGGAAUUUCAAGUGCCAUAUGUGUCCCAGGAUGUGAGAACUCUGUCUUCUUCAAGCCUUGAGGAGUCUGGGAUUCCUGUGAACCAGCAGAAGAGGAGGAAGAACAACUCCAAAUCUGUCGUGGAGAACCAAGAAGCUCCAGGAGUUGGCUUGGGAGAUGAGAUGAAGCUCUUUUUGCACUGGAUUAACCCUGAAAUGAAAAGUCAAAGACCUGAAGAAUCCAUUCUCUACUCUAAGGCUGAGACAGUUACCAAAGCCAGAACAAAAAAGGUUCAGAAAUGUCCAACCCCCACCAAAGACCCUGUGGGGGAAGCUAACUUGAAGAAGACAGCAAAGGACCAGGAGGCCCAGCUUCCCCCUACUGAGGAUGAGGGCCUGACCUUCUGCGACGCCCCCCAGUGCCUAGAAAAUCAGCUCUAG